AUGUCUGACAUUCGUCUCCGCCUCGCGAUGAUGCGCGAGUUGAACAAGGCCCUGGGCCCAUCUGGUUCCGGUGGCUCUGGCGGUGACCGACCAGCUCCCACCCCCGCCCCAACAAGCGUCUCGGUGGUUGUGCCUCCUCUGGAGUCAGCCAUCGCCAACGGGAAGGGACCGCGGCGUCACCCACAGCAGCAGCGACGUCUUCCAUUUGGCCUUCGGGCAAGUUUUUUCGUGUGUACUCUGAUGCUCUCUACUGUUUCUACUCUAACAAACCGCGACAUAGAAUCAAUACUUUACCGUUUGGCCUUGGGCCAUUUGUCGUUUUUUUUUUCAUAUAAAAUUCCAUUUUUCACCAAUAACUCGGAUGCUGCAGUCCGGUUGUUGCACGCCUUAAAAGGCGUAAUAUCGUUGGGCCCCGAGGGCCAAGCCGGUGCCGGUGGUGGUGGUGGCGGACGCCCACCGCCCCGUCCUCCCAAUAUAGCGUGUUGGCGGGUGUGCCUCCUCGGGAGGAAAAAUAAAGCCAAGAAGGCCGAAAAGAAGACUGGUAGGUCCGGUAGCGUCACCAAGCGCCUUGAGGUUACUGGGCGCGGCCCAGGAGGAACUCUCUCUCGAGGAGAGAUUCGGCGUCUCCCGAGACGUCAUCGCCACCAUAGCCACCACAAUGGCCGCCGCGUCUGUGCCCCCGACUCCUGCUUCCGUGCCCCUGGCUCCCGCUCCCGCGCUCUCGGCCCUCCUACGUCUGCGGAGGCUAUAGGCGUUGAGAUGAGCAGUGAUCGGUACGUUCUACACCAGGGACACGACACCAUCCAUUAUGAGUAUAUCUUCUAA